AUGUCCGACGACCGGAAAUUCAAAUGCAAGCACCCGGGGUGCGAAAAGACCUUCAACAGACGGGAUUAUCUCAUACGACACAGUGCUAACCACCUCGACACGCUGCCUUUUCAAUGUCCGCAGUGUCCCAUGAAGUUUGCCCGAGCAGACUUGCUGCAAAAGCACCUCAACACGCGCUCGCACGAACGACGAAAGAAGCGAGAGGAGAAAGAAAAAGCGAAAAUCGAGCGUAAACAACGACGCAACUCCAUGAAGUCCCAGAGCAGGAGCAACUCGAUCGACAUGAACACCAACAUUGUGUCGCCCACCACCGACAAUUACACAUGGCUGUUUGGCGCCCAGUGGCCCGAGUCCGCCACCACAGCCGAAGACACGUUCAAAAUCAAGAGCGAGUUUGUCCCACAUCAGGAGCCGACGCAGCCCGACAAGAACACCAGCGAGCUGGACUUCAUGCACAUGGUGGAGUUUGAACAGCAGGGCCAGGGUCGUGCCUUUUAUGCCGGCAUCAAGACCGACCUCGACAACUCAGACACAACCAGUGACUGCUCUAUCAUGUCACAGUACUCCAACUCCACCCAGGGCACCUAUCCUCGCUCCUCGGUCAACAUGCCCGACCUGACGCUGCCUCCCCAUAUGCGAAUGUCUGUGGCCUCCGUCACUUCAGCUCCCUCCAUGCCCCACGUGCCACACAUGCUCCAGCAUCAACCCCAGCACCGCGCGGAGCUGCAACCGCCACACACACAUCUGAUUCAGCAGCAACCGCCGCCACCACCCCAGCAUGUCCAUGGCGUUUCUCCAGAGAUACUUAAUCCAUCACUGGGAAUCCAGCCUGUGUGUCUCAACACCAUCGGCGACCUGACACCUCCCGCCGAGCCUUUUGUGGCCCGAGAAGACAAACUGGCCCAACAGUCAGCAAAUGCAAACCAGCAACAUCUCCCCACGCCGCAGACCCACACACAGAGCCAGACACAACCGACGCAGCCUUUGUCGCCCCGUGACAAGUACCUGGGGCUUUUCUGGAGCAACUUUGACCAGCUGUACCCCAUCAUCCACAGACCGUCAUUCAACCCGGACACGGCUCCCGAGGCGCUCGUGACUACCAUGGUGUGUGUCGGAAUGACCUACGACUCCGAGCCUGCAGUCUACCAGGAGGCUAUCCGCACCAUGCAGCAGCACGUGCAUCAGCUGUACUCCAAGGCUGCUUUGGUACGGGGCACCAAUGCAGAUGAAAACUUGUGGGUGCUUCAGGCCUUGGCCCUGGCUGCCUACUUCCACCGGCUUCUGGGCUCCAAGGACCAGUGGGAGCUCGCCGAAAUGUACUCUUGCAUUGCUCUGGUUAAGGACCAGAUGGUGACCGAGAACGCUCCUCAGCUGGGCCCCGACAUUGCUGCGUUUUGGCAGGUGUGGAUCAAGCACGAGGCUCGAAAACGGCUGCUGUGCUUCUUCUUCAUCCUUGACACCCAAGCCGCAAUUCUCUUCAAACACACCUCUCACCUGUCUGUGUUUGAUACGGAUCUGGAGCUUCCCUGCACUGAUGCUGCCUGGAGUGCCAGAGACACUCGGGAGUUUUACAUUGUGUACACUCUCCAGCCCCGAGGUCCUAACAACCUGCGACCUGCUCCUGACGUGACCGAGACGCAGUCUUACCCCAAGAACAAGCCGUCGUCUGCUUCUCGGCGAUUCGACAACGAGUGUCAUCGUGACUGGCCCUCUCUCCUGUUUUGUGUCAAGCGAAUCAUGAGUGACUACGAGGAGGACCAGCAGGAGUACCCUCUGGCCUGUUUCUCGCAAUUUUCGCGUCUGCUGCUGCUCCAUGGCAUCCUCAACAUCUGUCUGGAUCUCCAGCACCGAAUGGUGUCAAAGAAGACGGAUUACAAGACCAAAAUGGUUGUUGCGUUUAUGUCUUGGAGAGGCUACUUUGACCGGCAGCUUCGGGAAAUCAACCGGGAAUUCCAGUUGACCAACAUCAUGGCUGAGAACGCAGCUCAUCUCAAGGACGAGACCAACGCCAGUGCUCUUCUUGGCAACAUGUCUGGCAAUGAGGACAUUACUCUGCAGUUCAACAACUACGGUAACACUCCUCUGCUGUGUUCCAACUGGUCGCUGUUCUCCGUGGGUCUUAUGACUCUGUUUGUGGACACCCAGAUGCUUCGCCAGUACACUGGCACCGUUUCUUCUCCCUCCGAACGGGUCACUGCCACUCUCCGGCAGUGGGCCAACGGCCAUGACGUGACUUGGGCUGUCUGGUACGCCAACCAGCUUCUUGGCCGGGUGUUCCAGAACGAGGCUCUGCCGUUUUUGGCGGACCACGUGGCCUGGGGCAUGUUUUCCGCCUGUCUGACGCUCUACACUUUUGAGUCGCUACGACGGUCCAACUCGCCCCUCCAGUCGCCCCUGGAGUCGAUUUCCGAGUCUCCCCGGGUUGAGAACACCCAGAGCGAGGCUCUGGAGUACAUUCGGCUGGCCUCGCAGACUCCUCCCGAAGCCAUUGACGACUUUAUUUCCGAGUCGGCUGCCACGACUCUCAUGCGCCAGAAAUACAUUGUUUCUGUGCUUCGUCACACCGCCAAUCUUCUGUCUUCAUCGAGCAGAGAGCAGUGUGUCUACAUUGUCUCACAUCUUAAUGGCAUUCUUGCCCGUGUAUAA